UGAGCGCGUCACGCUAAUCCAUCCACAGGAAUCCUCCAGAAUCUAUCGUGUUCUGUGAAUACACAUCGCGGUUUCAUAUAUUUUCAUUAGUGUUAAGUGAUAUUUAGUGAAUGGAUAAUCAAAUGUUAUGAAUUAUGUUUUCGUAAUGACCGGUUCUUCAUUCGUAGAAGUUUUGUGCCGUUGGGAUUCAAAGUUUCGGCCGGCUUGGUUUGGGUAAUGGGGCGUAGGUGAGGGCGCACGGCGGGCGCCGCGCUUGGCCUGCGCCCGCCCAUGGCACCCACGCUAUCCAUCAGGUGGGUCGUGCGUUGGACUAUAUUGGUUGCGUGGGUCUCCCUCGUGCCCGUCAACAACCAGGUGCUCGCUCCUACCCUGGUGCCGUCCUGUCCAACGCAAUGCAUCUGUCUUUCUCAAUCCCAGGUCGUGUGCAACAGUGCAAGUUUGCGAGGCGUGCCGUCAGCGUUAAGUCCCAAUGUAAUGCAGUUAUCACUGUCGAGGGCUGAUCUUCGCGUCCUACGGUCCGAUGCAUUCGCGCAUCUCAGGCAACUUCGCCGCCUGUCUCUCGACGCCUGCAACCUGACGCGCAUACGCCCUUUCGCCUUCCGAGGCCUGCCCCGCUUGGAUGAGCUCUACAUACAACACACGCCACUCGCUACAGUGGACGCGUUCGCCUUCGCUGCGCUCCAGAAUAUAUCAUCAAUCGUCCUCUCGCAUAAUCGAAUAGCGCAGAUCGAAGGCUAUGCAUUCGCCGGAACCAAUUUUAUAAAACUUAUCUCGCUAAGGAAUAAUCCCAUAAAAAGGAUAUUGGCUCACGCUUUUUCUGGUCUAAAUGAUGUCUCUCAAAUAGAAUUACCGUCUGGUAUAAAGUCCAUCGAGCCGAAAGCUUUCUUCGGUUUAGAAGGAGUCGGUGUGCUGGAACUAGCUUACAUGGAUUUACCGGCACUGAUGCCGGAUACGUUCUUUGGAUUAACCCGCGUCGGUCGGCUGGCUUUACGGGAAUCCGAUCUGGGAGUUAUACGCGUAGGCGCCUUUGAUGGUUUGCGGCGGGUGGAUAUUUUAGAAAUGUGUAAUAACAAAAUCGACGGUAUCGAGGAGCUUUCUUUAAUACAGAACAAUAGUGUCCAUACUUUUAAAAUGACUGGAAAUCAUAUGCUCGAAUCGCCAGAAGCGGUCGUCCUGGAGGUGGAAAAUAUUAUAAUACGCGGCAAUCAUUUGCCAUGCGAGUGCGGCCGAGAUCCAUUGGCAAACCAAUUGGCUUUGACUGCCGACUUCGCAGAAGAGAACCUGUGUAUAUCUCCGUUGAAGGUGCGGGGCAGGAGCUUGGCGAGCGCGGCGGGGUCGGCGUGCCGCGGGGAAGGCGGCGGCAGCGCGCGCGCCCGGGCGGCCGCCGGAGCCAGCCCCGUGGGGGACGCCCUAGAGCACUCUCUCGCGCUAACUAUUGUGUCGAUCGCUUUCCUCGCAAACAGCUAACCGCCUGUGGUGUUCAAUAUUGUAUCUGUAAAUAUUGUAUAAUAUGUAAGAGUGUAAUGCGAAAUUUUACAUUGAAUGGGUCCGUUCAUUUAGUAUACGUUGGACCAUAAAACGUUUGCCUUUGGAAUACUUGUUUUAUUGACUCCAUUUGUACGAGUUGUUUUAUUUGAACUGCUUUAUGUAAAAUAAUAUAUUCGAAUGUUAUGCAUCUUCAACGAUCCACAUGAAU